AUGGAGUUGCAAGGUCAAAGCCUCAUCUUGACCGUCAGUGUCUUGACAUCGCUGGGCUUUAUGCUCAUCGGUUAUGAUAAUGGCCUCAUGGGUGGUCUUGUCAACACUUCAGCCUUCAAGGACACAUUUGAUGAUCCUGAUGCCGAUAUGAUUGGUGUCAUUGUUGCAAUUUUUGAAAUUGGAUGUUUCUUUGGUGCCAUCUUUGCAGCCAUCUGGGGCGAAAAGCUCGGUCGUCGUCGCUCAAUCCUUAUCGGCUGCAUCGUCUUGAUUAUUGGUGCUGUCCUUCAGGCUUCUUCUUAUAACCGAGCUAUGAUGAUUGUCGGCCGAAUAGUUUCGGGUCUUGGGCUUGGUACCAUCAACUCGACUGUCCCUGUUAUGCAGGCAGAGUUCAGUCCCAAGUCCAGCAGAGGAAUCUACGUCUGUGCCCAGCUCUCAACUCUCAACUUUGGUAUCUUUCUUGUCUAUUGGAUAGACUAUGCUCUGUCUUCUCACCAAGGAAGCUACGCCUGGCGUGUCCCCGUUAUCCUCCAAUGUGUCCCCAUCAUUGUCAUGAUCUGCCUCUUGACCAUCAUCCCCGAGACACCACGUUGGCUGGCAGCACAUGACAGACCAGAGGAGUGUCUUCAAGUCCUCGCUCGAAUCCAGGGUACUUCUGUCGAUGACCCUGACGUGCGGGUCCUCCAUAGUGUCAUCACUCAAACUGUCGCCUAUGAGACGUCGAUUGGCUCUGGUUCUUGGAAAGACCUUCUCAAGGAAGAUAGUAUCAAGUCUCGCAAGAGACUCAUUUUGGCGUGCGCCAUACAAUCCUUCCAGCAAUUGGGUGGCAUCAACGCUAUCAUUUACUAUUCGAGUACUUUGUUUGAGAAGAGUGUUGGCUUCUCUGCUCACAUGUCAGCUCUCAUGUCAGGUUUCCUACAGACAUGGUUCUUUGUCGCAUCUUUUAUUCCAUGGUUUUUGAUCGAUCGCAUUGGACGUAGGCCUCUGCUACUAUCCAUGAUCAGUCUCAUGGCUGCCACUAUGGCUGUCCAAGCUGGACUGAUUUAUCAAGUGGAGAAUAACACAGCCUCGGCGCAUGCUUCAGGAAUUGCAGCAGCAGCAAUGCUUUUCAUCUUCCAAGGAGCAUUUACUAUCGGUUUCCAGGCUACUGUUUGGGUCUACCCCUCCGAGAUCUUGCCCCUUCGCCUGCGACAACGUGGUUCGUCUAUUUCUACAGCCGCCAACUGGAUCUUCAACUACAUGAUUGUACAAAUCACUCCCAUCUCAAUCAACAACAUUGGCUGGAGAACCUAUAUCAUCUUUGCAGUACUGAACGCUCUCUGGGUUCCUCUCAUCUUCCUAUUCUUCCCUGAGACCAAGGGUUUGGAGUUGGAGGACGUUGACCAUCUUUUCGGUGGCGAGGACAUUGCCAGGACACUGGAUGAGAAGAGCCACGGCACUGUAGUUAUGUUGGAGUCUGUGGAUCGAGAUGGUACUGCCUAG